CCUGGACACUCACUUUCUCAUGUCUUCAACGGGGAAUGCUUAGAAUACCUGCGACAUGGCAGCUCGCGUUGAUUGUCGAUUUUGACAGCAGCUCCACGCCGUCGUCUUCCCCUGUGUGUGUGUUUGGGGGGGUGGGGGGCACAGAGAGAGAGAGAGAGAGAGAAAGAGGGAGGGAGAUAAAGCAGAGAGCAACAAAAGCUACUUGUACUUUUUGGACAGCUCAACUUGAGAGAAAGCGUGUGCGGGACCCUCCUCUGAUGGUGCCGCUCGAACAAGACUUGUUAAGUUGACACACGAGCCCGACCGACCGACCACCAUUUCCCCCCCCCUUCCUCUUGUCUUGUCCAACACGGGAAGAGGACACUUUCGCCUCGACUCACGUCGUCAAGGUCAUCUACAUGAAUUCAAAACCAAUUUGCCAGUGAGUAGCUGGAAACUGGGGAAGCAAGUCUUUCACUUUUUAACUCCACAUGCUGACAUGGAAGGCUUUCUUCGUAGCAGCUUUUUACUGAGAUUGUUGUCAUUACUGCCAGAAGUGGUGGACAAGUGUAUUACAACAGAGUCAUGUCUUCCAAGCAAGCCACGUCUCCUUUUGCCUCUGUGGUCGAUGGAGAUGAUGCCAUGAGCCAGGAUCACUUGUCUUGGGAAAAAGAGGAGAACACUGAUGCCCUCUGCCCACCGCAGUUGCCGCUGCACAAUCUGCUCCAUGGGAAAGCCCAUCCCGAUGAAAUUCAGCCGCUAAGCAGUGUACCUCCAGAGAGUGACUGGGACAGCUUGAUGUCUGCACAACAACGCAUGGAAUCUGACAGCAAUAAAGUAUGUUCCCUGUACUCCUUCCGCAACAAUUCCACCUCUCCGCACAAGCCUGAGGAGGGGGCCCGGGAGCGAGGUGACCUGCUGAGCGCAUCAGCAUUUGGAACUCCCGAGCGCCGCAAAGGAAGCCUGGCAGACGUUGUGGACACACUGAAGCAGAAGAAACUGGAGGAGAUGACAAAGACAGAGCAAGACGACUCGUCAUGUAUGGAGAAACUACUUUCUAAAGACUGGAAAGAGAAGAUGGAGAGACUCAACACCAGUAAUCUUCUAGCUGAUGUAAAAGGUACUCCUGAGAGCCUGGCAGAAAAAGAACACCAGCUCUCCACCAUGAUUAGUCAGCUGAUCAGCCUUCGAGAACAGCUCCUGGCUGCCCACGACGAACAGAAGAAGCUCGCUGCUUCCCAAAUGGAGAAACAGAGGCAGCAAAUGGAGUUAGCUCGUCAGCAACAGGAGCAGAUCGCCAGACAACAGCAGCAGCUUCUGCAGCAGCAGCACAAAAUCAACCUUCUCCAGCAGCAGAUCCAGCAGGUCCAGGGUCACAUGCCUCCGCUCAUGAUCCCCAUUUUUCCACACGACCAACGUACUCUGGCAGCAGCCGCUGCCGCCCAGCAAGGCUUUCUCUUCCCUCCUGGAAUGUCGUAUAAGCCAGGUGAUAACUACCCUGUGCAGUUCAUUCCCUCCACAAUGGCAGCUGCAGCAGCGUCAGGACUCAGCCCCCUCCAGCUUCAGCAACUGUACACCGCCCAAAUCGCCAGCAUGCAAGUCUCUCCUGGAGCCAAGAUGCCGCCGCUACCGCAGUCCCUCAAUGCCAGUGGACCCAUUUCUCCAUCUUCUUUAAAGAAUGACAAGAGUUCCUGCAGCCCUAUCACACAAGUCAAGGAGGAAGGUACACAGCCGCUCAAUCUUUCAGCUCGGCCAAAGACAACAGACAUGGUCAAGUCUCCAACUUCUCCGACACAAAACCUGUUUUCGCUCUGCAAAAGUAGCCCCAACAGUUUUUCCAGCAAGGGUGGUAUCCCAAGCCCACUUGGAGGUCUGGGCCGCGGCUCCUCUCUGGACAUCCUGUCCAGCUUAAACUCCACUGCGCUGUUCGGGGACCAAGACACGGUGAUGAAGGCCAUCCAGGAGGCUCGUAAAAUGAGGGAGCAGAUCCAGAGAGAACAGCUGCAACACCAUCAACAGGGCAUGGAGGCUAAGCUGUCUGCCCUGACUGCCGUGGGCCUCAACAACUGCAGGGCUGACAAGGAAAGGGCACAUUUUGAGAGCCUCGGGCACCACCUUGGAAAGCUGGGAGAGGAUGGCAAAAUUGGGCACAGAGUUAUUGACCUAACCAGGCCUGAGGAUCUUGACGGAGGCGCUGGAUCUACCGAGGCGAGAGUCUUCAGGGAAUCGAGAGGAAGAAACAACAACGAGCCGCACAUUAAAAGGCCGAUGAACGCAUUCAUGGUGUGGGCCAAAGACGAGCGGCGCAAGAUCCUGCAGGCCUUCCCUGACAUGCACAACUCUAACAUUAGCAAGAUUUUAGGCUCCAGGUGGAAGUCCAUGUCCAACCAGGACAAGCAGCCAUACUAUGAGGAGCAGGCCCGUCUGAGUAAGCUCCACUUAGAGAAGUACCCCAACUACAAGUACAAACCACGGCCGAAGAGGACCUGCAUCAUCGACGGCAAAAAGCUGCGUAUUGGAGAGUACAAGCAGAUGAUGCGUUCACGGCGGCAAGAGAUGAGGCAGUUCUUCACUGUAGGGCAGCCGCCACAGAUCCCCAUCACCACAAGCGCCAGUAUGGUCUACCCCGGAGCCAUCACCAUGGCGACAACUACACCCUCACCCCAAAUGACGUCAGAAUGCUCGAGCGCGUCUGCGAGUCCCGAGCCGCCCAUUCCCGUCAUCCAGAGCACGUACAACAUGAAGCUGGAGGCCACCCCAAUGGCCAACAAUAACAACAACAACAACAACAACAACAACAGAGCGGUGGUCAACGGAGAGGACGACAUGGACAUGUACGAAGACUUCGACGACGAGCCCAAAUCAGACUAUAGUAGUGAAAAUGACACACAAGAGCCAGUCACCGCCAACUAGAAGUCCGAUGGCGUCUCAGCAGGCAUGCAGGAGGAUGCCACACUGUCAAGACGACAGCCUCAAGGUUUAAAAGAAGGACGACACCAACCUGGUGCAAGCCCACAUGCACAUGUGGCUUCAAUAACAUCAACAAAAAAGCUAUUUGGUCUUAACUGUUUCUUCACGUGUGUUGUAAUUUAAUUUUGGGGGGGUCAUUGUGAUGACGAACAUCCGAACAACAUGGCUGCAGCCUACACAACAAAAAACAGAACUUGAAAUUAUAUGACCAUGUUUCUGAACAAUUUGCUGAUUUUGUUCCUCACUCAGGUAUCGUGUGCCAGCCUACAGCGUGUGAAUGUGUCUGAUUAUGGCUCUUUUAGCGGAAAGCAAAGGUCACACGAAGCAAUCGUCUUCAUCAUUUAGUGCUUUGGUGCCAAACAAGUUGUGUCAGGAGAAAGGCUUAAAGAGGACCUGUGAUGAUUUAAAUCUAUAUUUAAAAACACUUCCUUGAGGUUUAGAUUAUAUUUAUUGGACAUAUUUAUUGGUGUACAUUUUGCCACAGUCACAUUUAUAACCCGUUUUUUGAGUCUGCCCGCAAGAUGUUCGAUUCGGUAGGCGUUCCAUGAUUGCAAAUGAAACCACAGCCCAACCUCUCUAAAAGUACCAUAAUGUAGCUUUUAAACAUGUUGAACACUGUUUGAGUAUGUAUCUUGAGGUCGUCAACGAUAUUUUUUUUUCCAGACACGGUCAAAAAUAAACUUCAUAAACAUUACCAUAUUUUACGGACUAUGAGCCACACCGGUGUGUAACCGACACCCAAUAAAUUUUAGAAGAAAAACUUAUUUUUUUCAUAUUUUAGCCGCACCACACUAUAAGCCACAGAUAUAUUCCGGUACGUCGUCAAAUGAGAUAUUUACAUCGAAAGAUUUGGUAAAUGUUUAUUUACUAGUGGUUAGAGUGUCCGCCCUGAGAUCGGUAGAUUGUGAGAUCAAACUAUAAAAAUGGGACCCGUUACCUCCCUGCUUGGCACUCAGCAUCAAGGGUUGGAAUUGGGGAUUAAAUCACCAAAAAUGAUUCCCGGGCGCAGCCACCGGUGCUGCUUACUGCUCCCCUCACCUAACAUGGGGUGAACAAAGGUGAUGGGUCAAAUGCAGAGAAUAAUUUCGUGUGAUAAUCAUUGGUACUUUAACUUAACAUACCCUAAUUAUUUCCAAACAGUGCCUGCAACAUGGCAGUAAAACAGCUGAUCAAACAAAACCGAAAAGUCAGUGAUGACGUGAUUCAUUAUUUAUCAGAUGAAAAAGAUUUGGCCAUUUUUUUAAAAGUUUCAAAAUGUUUACAGAAUUUUUCUUCAUUAUAAUUUGUAAACCAUUUGAGUUUGAAGAGUUUCUUAAAAUCGAUCGCUAUAGUAAAUUGUUAUAUUUCUUUGCUUAUUUCAUUCCAUAGUUUAGCUGUUGGCAAAGAAACAUCCAAAUAUUAACCGCACCUUAGUAUAAGCCGCAGGGUUCAAAGCUUGGGAAAAAGGUAGCGGUUUAUACUGUAAUCUGGAAUAUGCGGUAUAUAGAUUCACCCGGGGACUGGCCACUCCCCGCUUCAGACGGCAUAAAAAAGCUGUUUUUAGCAGCAUUUAUGUCACGGCAUGUUGCUGGCAAUAUUAAUAUUCACAUGCCAUGAUUUGAUUACUUUUUUGAAGCUCCUACCCCCUGGCUAAAAGCUUGACUUAAUGUUCCAAUAAGAACGUCCACCUCGCUGUGUGACAUCACGACGUAGCCAGACUGCAAAAGCCAGCAAACAGAGGCAUCCAAAACUCUCCAUCACGCCAUAACGUGUGAACCUUAUGAUGUGACAUUUUGGCAUUGUUCAACAUGAGUACCGUAUUUUUCCGAGUAUAAGUCGCUCCGGAGUAUAAGCCGAAAAUGCAUAACAAAGAAGGAAAAAAAAACAUAUAUAAGUCGCACUGGAGUAUAAGUCGCAUUUUUGGGGGAAAUUUAUUUGAUAAAACCCAACACCAAGAAUAGACAUUUGAAAGGCAAUUUAAAAUAAAUAAAGAAUAGUGAACAACAGGCUGAAUAAGUGUACGUUAUAUGACGCAUAAAUAACCAACUGAGAAUGUGCCUGGUAUGUUAACGUAACAUAUUAUGGUAAGAGUCCUUCGAAUAACUAUAACAGUGGUUCUUAACCUGGGUUGGAUCGAACCCUAGGGGUUCGGUGAGUCGGCCUGAGGGGUUCGGCGGAGGUCAAAACACACCGAACUCAUCGUGUAAAUACAAACUCCUCCCAUCGGCGUAUUACAGAUACGGCAACAGCAGACCGAUGUGCAGGUGUGUAAUUUGUUUUGAGUUGGUUUUGUUGUUUGAACAAGGUGAUGUUCAUGCACCAGUAAACCAAAACAUGGUAACACAUUAUUAUGGGACACAUAUUCAUCAUUAAUUAGUUGUUUAUUAUCAUGCAAAUUAGUGAUACUGUAUAUUGGCUCUUAACUAGUCAUUAUUAAGUACUUAUUAAUGCCUUAUUCGGCAUAAUAACCCUAACCCUCUAACCCUAACCAAAUAACUCUAAAUUAUGUCUUUAUUACUUAGAAUAUGUUCCCAUAGAUUCCAAAUAACUCUAAAUUAAGUCUUUUUUACUUAGAAUAAGUUCCCCAUACUGAAGUGUUACCAAAAACAUAACUUUGUCUUGAAUUUGAAAAAAAAAAAAAACGUUUUAUUUUUCACUAAAGAAGGGUUCGGUGAAUGCGCAUAUGAAACUGGUGGGUUUUGGUACCUCCAACAAGGUUAAGAACCACUGAACUAUAACAUAUAGAACAUGCUAUACGUUUACCAAACAAUCUGUCCCUCCUAAUCGCUAAAUCCCAUGAAAUCUUAUACGUCUAGUCUCUUACGUAAAUGAGAUAAAUAAUGUUAUUUGAUAUUUUACGGUAAUGUGUUAAUAAUUUCACACAUAAGUCGCUCCUGAGUAUAAGUCGCACCCCCGGCCAAACUAUGAAAAAAACUGCGACUUAUAGUCCGAAAAAUUCGGUAUUCAACAUUUUCUAAGUCGGGAAAGAAGAAAAUCAUCAUAGGUCCCUUUUUAAAACAAUAUCAGAAGGUUAAAAUCUAUCAAGCCAACCUUAGUUAACAUCACUAACUCCUUCCCAGUCGGAGUUCAUCUGACUGAUUGUAAUCAGGCCAGAAUGCUAAAGGGCCAAAAGGUCGCCAAUCUGAAGGAUUGGAAGAGCGGCGAAGGCAGCUUUGGAAGCAUUACAAUCUUCAAAUUGAUGUCGUACAAUGUGUCGCUACACAUCCUUCUCUUAAACGCUUUAGCCCCCAUUUGGACGGCAAGUUUAAAGUCUUAGCUCUUUUUCCUCAAUCUUAAUUCUUUUUGGACAUUGUAAAUCUUGAAUGGACACUAAGACGUCUUAAAACAGAGCACAGUCAUCAGGGCGGUGGCAGUGAUUACUGUCCUCGUCUUAAGGCCGGAACAUUUGUACACUAGAAUACAAACUUGGUCAAGUGCACUUAUGAUUUUUUUCCCUCAUUCUCGUUGUUGCUUAUCAACAAGCAUUUGAAAGAAAACAAAAGAUGGCAAGUGACCGCCUCCGCUUGAUGCAACUCCUCCAUUUGGACACUCAGAUCCUCUUUAUAAGGCACAAGGUUUAGGUGGACUUCCCCGCACCCCCUCCUCUCCCUGCCAUGCCCUGCCCGGAGUCACCUCAGCACCACCUUGGGGGCGCCAUCUGGGAACGCCAGGGAGGGUCCUAGAAACAAUAAAAGUGAGGCGCGCGUUCCUCAUUGUGCUCUCCAUCAAAGCGCCGAAAAGUGAGGUUCUCAACAGGGCAUGCCCACCGCGGCCCACUCACCAGAUGGAACAAGUACAUCAAGCUGUGGGGGAUUAUUAAAAUGACUGACGACUGGCUAUCAUGUGAGAUGCGCCAUUAUGAAUGCAUGACUUCAGCUAUUCCCCCUCGCUUGCCCUUGAGACAGGAGCUCACUGAGGACCUCACUGGCCGCUCACUGCUCACUACAUCUGCAUCACCUCUAUUUAUUUAUUUCACAAGCUUCACUCUGGACAUGUUUUCCUCCUGUUUGCUGACUGCUUUGUCUGUGAUUGUAAAUAUGUUCUUGACCAGGCCUCACACGCUGGCUGGAGGCUACUUACACACAAAAGACUUGACUGUGUGCUCACGGGGCAAAGAAAGACACAAAAAAUAAUAAUAAAAAAAAAAACACGAACUCAUAAAGGAGACGCUGUUUCAGAAGUGUUUGAAGCACUGGAUAUAAAUUGUCUGAUUAAUGUGAAUCUGUUAGAGGAAGAAAAAAAAAAAAACCCUACCAUGAAUUAACAAAAUUCCCUAGAUGGACUCGAGUGGGUUUGCUCUCACAGUCGCCAGAUUUUAGUUCCCUUUUCCUUUGUCGACUUGUUUUGUUUAUUUAUGCAAAGAUGUGCGAUGGAUGCAUACUUUAGGGCUGCCUUGUGUUUCCAAGUGUCACUAAAACAACAACAAAAAAGGACAAUCAGAGCGGGGAUGCUUGGAUUGGGAGUUUGCAAAUUCAACAAUUAUUCUUAAUAUAUAGGAAAUCUUAUUUUAUUUGAAUUUUGAAGCAUAACUUAUGUAGCUUAAUCUAUUUUAUUUCUGUCAUUGUAUGAUUU